AUUGUUAGUCACUAUAUUGGUGUUUUCACGUUUCAUUCUUGUUUUUCUUUUUUAUGGGAUCAAAUCAUAAAGUGUUUUGUCUAAUGAUUCUUGACAGUGGUAAGAGAUGGUGGGAGAAGAGCCAUAAACCCAACAUGGUGGAGAUCAAUUCAGCACAACAACUUGUUGAUUUAUUAUUAAAAGCUGGUGAUAGAUUGGUCAUGAUUGACUUCUAUUCUCCUGGCUGUGGAGGUUGCAAGACUUUACAUCCAAAGAUCUGUCAGUUAGCUGAAUCAAACCCCAAUGCUUUAUUCCUCAAAGUAAACUACGUAGAACAGAAAACCAUGUGCAAUGCUCUUCAUAUACCUGUCUUACCUUUCUUCAGAUUCUAUAGGGGUGCACAAGGCAAAGUUUGUAGCUUCAGCUGUACCAAUGCAACAAUAAAGAAAUUCAAAGAUGCAUUAGCAAAGUAUGGGAAAGAUCGGUGUAGCCUUGGUCCAGCAAGAGGUUUAGAUGAAUCUGAGCUUUUAGCCUUUAGCCUCAAUUGGAGAAUUAUCAAGAAAUGAUUGUACAAGGAAUGAUAUAUUUCAAGAAUCAGCCCUAACUGGAGUUCAAUUGUUUAAGACAAUAUUAGUACGGUUUAAGACA